AUUUGCGAUGACAUCAGAUAUCUGUAAGUUUUAUACCGGAAAAUCACUGUUUAUAACCGGAGCCACUGGUCUUUUGGGUAAAGCUUUGGUGUGGAAAUAUGUGAACGAAUGCCACGGAAUUGACACAAUCUAUAUUCUCGUGCGACCGAAGAGGGGAAAGACGGCCAAAGAGAGGGCCGAAGAGUAUAUCUCUGAUCCCAUAUUUGAAUUGAACGGUUUGCGAGAGUCGGGCAAAUGCGACAAAAUAGUGGCCAUCGCUGGCGAUACAGUGGCGCCCGGACUCGGCAUUAGUCCGGCCGAUAGGGACGAGAUCAUCGAUAACGUGCAUAUAGUGAUCCAUUUGGCGGCCUCUGUCCACCUGAACCCUCCACUCCGGGAUGCGGUGCAACACAAUCUUCGGCCAAUUGUUCCGUUGAUUGAGUUGUGCCAUCAGAUUAAACGACUUCAAUGUCUGGUCUACUCGUCCACUACAGCCAUACUUAACGGCUCGGAGUUCGCCGACGAGACGGUCCAUAAGAGUAUUGUGGUUUCGCCCGAAUAUAUGCUAAAAGUGUGCGAUUCUGUGUCCAAUGAAGUGUUGGACAAAUUCCGAAAGUUUUUCUUUCGAGAGUUUAAUAAUACGUAUUGCAUAUCAAAAGCAUUGGCCGAACAGCUUCUGCAACAGGAGUCGAAUCGACUUAACAUUGUUAUCGUCAGACCGUCGGCAAUAUUGUGCGCUUAUGAGGACCCGACUCCGGGUUGGCUUCAAGGCAUUCAGGGCAGCACUUCGGCUGUGGUGGCCGUCGGUCUCGGACUCAUGAAAGUGUUUCCGUCCCGAAGGUUUGGCGCUCAAUGUGUAAUACCUGUCGAUUUUGUGGCCAACGGAUUGAUUGCCAGUGUUUGGUUCAAUUGUAAACAAUGUGAACCAAAACUUAAAACAAAUCUCUCACCGCCGAUGAGAGAUAUAAUGAAUGGUAUUAAGAAAAACGCUCAGAAGUUUCCAUCGAUACGAGUUUUAAGACCACCUAGGUUAAUGUUUAUGCAAAAUAAACUCAAAAUACAAUUAGAAGUGUAUCUCAAACAUUGGAUGUUUGCUUAUAUCGUACAAUUCUUGUCUAAACUGUCGGGCAUUAAGACGGGAAUUAUGAAAAUUACGACAAAAUUAAAUCACAACAUGAAAGACAUCCGACUAUUUAUGAAGACAUCACCAGAAUAUGAGAUCACAAAUACGUUCGCUCUCUUGGAUGAGAUGUCAGAAACGGAUCGUCGGAUCUUUGGCUUUGAUAUCCGAGAGAUUGAGUGGAAAAAAUACAUUGAAAACUAUUGGUUCGGUUGCCGACGGUUUAUACUGAAGGAGACCGACGAAGACAUGCGGAAAGCAAAAAGGAUUUAUAAAAGGGUUUAUAUCAGAUAUCAUAUAAUGAACACUCUUUGGCUGACGUUCUCAUCCCUAAUGUUAUACAUGUUUUUCUAUGUAUUUUGCGAUUUGAUUGAAUUGGACUUCUUUUUACCGACAGUUUCCACACUUCUUAACCCGACUUCGAGUAAUACAAUCCUCAAUAAUAAUAUUAGAAUAAUACAGUGUGAGAGAGAGAGGUUUGCGAUGACAUCAGACAUAAGUACAUUUUACACCGGAAAAUCACUCUUUAUAACCGGAGCCACAGGUUUUCUGGGCAAAGCUUUGGUGUGGAAAUAUGUGAACGAAUGCCACGGAAUCGACACAAUCUAUAUUCUCGUGCGACCGAAGAGGGGAAAGACGGCCAGAGAGAGGGCCGAAGAGUAUAUCUCUGAUCCCAUAUUUGAAUUGAAUGGUUUGCGAGAGUCGGGCAAAUGCGACAAAAUAGUGGCCAUCGCUGGCAAUACAGUGGCGCCCGGACUCGGCAUUAGUCCGGUUGAUAGAGACGAGAUCAUUGAUAACGUGCAUAUAGUGAUCCAUUUGGCGGCCUCUGUCCACCUGAACCCUCCACUCCGGGAUGCGGUGCAACACAAUCUUCGACCAAUUGUUCCACUGAUUGAGUUGUGCCAUCAGAUAAAACGACUUCAAUGUCUGGUCUACUCGUCCACUACAGCCAUACUUAACGGCUCAGACUUUGCUGUUGAGACGGUCCCGAAGAAUAUAGUCGUUUCGCCCGAAUAUGUACUAAAAGUUUGCGAUUCUGUGUCCGACGAUGUGUUGGAAAAACUCCAAGAGUUUUUCUUUCGAGAUUUUAAUAACACUUAUUGCAUAUCAAAAGCAUUGGCCGAACAGCUUCUGCAACAGGAGUCCAAUCGACUUAACAUUGUUAUCAUCAGACCAUCCGCUGUAUUGGGUGCUUGUGUGGAGCCGACCCCGGGUUGGCUGCAAGGACUUCAGGGCACCACUUCUGCAGCCGUUGCAAUUGGUUUGGGUCUUAUGAAUGUAUUUCCGUCCCGAAAGUUUGGCGCUCAUUGUGUAAUACCCGUUGAUUUUGUGGCCAACGCUUUGAUUACUAGCAUUUGGUCUAAUUGUAAGAAAUGGUUCUUAAAUAAUAUAAUUAUACGUAUAUAUAGUGAACCAAAACUUAAAGUAUACCACUUGACCACUAAGAGAAACAUUUCACCGCCGAUGAGACAUCUUAUGACAUCGAUUAAAAAGAUCGCUCAACGGUUUCCAUCCAAGCGAGUGGUACGACCACCUAGGUUGAUGUUUUUGCAACACAAACUAAAACUACGGCUAGAAGUGUACGUUAAACACUGGAUGUUUGCAUUUAUAAUGCAUUUUUUGGCCAAAUUGUCGGGCAUUAAGACGGGAAUCAUGAAGAUUACUGAAAAAAUGAAUACCAAUAUGAAAGACAUCCGACUAUUUAUGAAGACAUCACCAGAAUAUGAGAUCACAAAUACGUUCGCUCUCUUGGAUGAGAUGUCCGAAACGGAUCGUCGGGUCUUUGGUUUUGAUAUCCGAGAGAUUGAGUGGAAAAAAUACCUUGAUAACUAUUGGUUCGGUUGCCGACGGUUUAUAUUAAAGGAAACCGACGAAGACAUGCAAAAAGCAAAAAAGAUAUAUAAAAGGGUUUACAUUAGAUAUCAUAUAAUGAACACUCUUUGGCUGACGUUCUCAUCCCUAAUGUUAUACAUGUUUUUCUAUUAUCCCUGGUCUUCGGCUAUAAGUUAUCCGAUU